AUGGCGGCGUUGGGCGAGAAGAGUCUGGAUGCAGAGUCAGAGAGCGCUGGCAUCCUGGGGAAGCGGAGGAAGUGGCCGAUGGUACAGCAGCUCUCCACAGCCUGGUUUACCAGCUUCAAGUCAACUGAGUGCAGUGCGGUGAUUGCUGCUUGUGGAUGCGAGCAGAGGCUUUGGUCCCAGGCUCUGCAAGCUUUGAAUUUGAUGCAAGAGCAAAUCCUCAUUCCUGACGUCGUGACGUACACGACUUGCCUUGUCGCCUGCACCAGAAGCAAAGAAGCACAAAGGGCACUCCUACUCUUUGAAGACAUGCCCAAGUUCGCAGUGAGGCCCUCGGAAGUCACUUUCGGUGCCGCCAUCCAGGCCUGUGCGACGUGCAGCUGCUGGCAGAGGGGGCUGGAGCUCGUCGCUGCUGUGCCUCAAAACUCCUUUGCGGCAACAUCGGCGAUCAGUGCCUGUGGAGCUGGGCGAUGGCCUCUUGCCCUCGCGAUCUUAGAGGAUUUGGGCGAGCUGAAGGGCUCGCAUCGCGUUGCAGUCAACGCCUGCAUCACUGCAUGUGCGAAGAGCAGCGAGUGGGCUACUGCCCUCAGCCUUCUUGCAACAAUGGCAUCCUGGCUAGCGCUUCCAGACGUGGUAAGCUACAGCGCGGCCAUAAGCGCCUGCGAAAAGGCCGGGAUGUGGACAGCUGCUUUGGCGCUGUAUGCUUCGAUGAUGUCCAGCAGGACGCAGAUUGAUGUCGUGGGAUUCGGGGCCUUAAUCAGCGCCUGUGAGAAAGCGGCCCAGUGGCAGCUUGCAGUUCUUUUGUUGCAGCGCGCACUGGAAUCGACGAUGGUGGUUCCCAAUCUCAUCCUCUUCAAUGCUGCUUCAAGUGCCUGUGAGAAAGCAGGUGAGUGGAAGUGCGCCAUGCUAGUCUUCGACACUUUGCAGCUGUAUGCCCUUUUGCCGGAUACCAUCAGCUUCAAUGCCGUCCUCAGUGCCAUGGAAAAGACACAGAAAUGGAUGCAGGCUGUCUGCCUACUGAAGCAAAGUGGGAUCGCCGCAGAUGUCAUCUCCAACAAUGCUGUUCUAAGCGCAAGUGGUGGAGCUGGGAGGUGGAGACAAGCACUGUUCGUUCUGUGCCAGACGAUGGCAUUGCAGCUGGUGCCAGAUCUCGUCACGAACAGUGCAGGUGUCAGCGCCUGUGCCAAGGCCAAACAGUGGGCGGGGUCACUGUUGCUUCUGCAACAGCUUCGUGAAGCUGGUGGAGGCUUGAGACCGGAGGAGAUAGCAUACAAUGCCGCUGUAAGCUCCUGUGAAGACACCUGGCAAUGGAAAGAGUCCUUGGAGCUUCUUGCAGCAAUGAGUUGUGAUGAUCUGAAGCCCAAUGUCCUCAACCUGAAUGUGGUGAUCGGUGCCUGCUGCAAGGCAUCAGAACUGCGCCCUCUACAGCAGCUGCUUGGAUCCGUUCGAUCUGCCCGUGCGUUAGAAUUGGAGUCCCUGCAGCGAAUCACUCCGACAUUUUUCCGUGCUACAUUGAUUUCAAUCGACUGGUUGGGAGGGGACGGUCUCCAACUUCCUUUGCUGAUCGCCUGGACCGCCGGUGCUGCCACGGCCUUGCUCUUGACGAGGUUGAUCCCGCGCUCGCAUUCGCAACCCGAACCAGCUGUGCGAGCUGAGCAAGCUGCUGGCCUGGCCCGUGGAGCUUUGGAUACUGGCGCGAAGGGCAAAAGGGCGGAGGGCCCUGCGCCGAGUUCGAACGAUGGCAUGAAAACCCCCAAGCGAGAGGUUGUCUGCGCCGAUGCCCUGCCCUGGAUCCGUGAUGUGGGGACUUUCUCAUCCGACUCGAUGAUCCUGACAUCGCUACCGGAUGUGUCGGAGGUGGUGGAAUUUGCACCUCGCUUUGAAGAUUGGGAGGCAUUCUUCCUGGAUGCCGUCCGCAGCAUUUUGGAGGCAUUACCUUCUGGUGGUGUGGCUGUAUUUUACCAGACAGAUAUUCGUUUGGCUGGGAUUGGCCAGGUGAGCAAGUCGUAUUUAGUACUUCAUGCUGCCAGCCAGGUUUCGGGGGUGCGCCUGAAGUGGCACAAGAUUGUCCAUUUCGGCACUGUGGACCAGCCAACGUGGAAUGCGAUCCAGUUUACGCACCUCUUGUGUUUUGCUCGGACGCUGGGUCUUCCUCGAGUUGGAGUUACCACUGAAACGGACCCUGUCGUGGACCUGGGAAGCACUCUGCCGGACAUCCUGGAGAGGGGAUCAAAGCCUCCCGGUCUCCGCAAGGGCGCUUGCUGCAUGGGCAUACAUGCGACCGCGUCAGUAUUGAAAUGGGUUGUCCGUCGACUUCCAGGUGUCCGAAAAGUGAUAGAUCCCUUCUGUGGUGCCGGCACAGUGCUGGCAAUAGCGAACGAGUAUGGUCUCGAUGCUCUUGGCAUCGACAUAUCGCCGAAGCGAAUCAAGCAGGCGAAGCAGCUGGAUGGCGCAGCGCUUCUGGGGUCGCAGGAACCUUGUGUUCUGCUGAAGCCUGUACUCUCCAAGCGAAAACAGCCUGUGAUGGAAUCUGCAUUGGCCGGCUUGCACCCCCUGUAUUCCCAGCAGUCGAUGCUGACUUUCGAAGGCGAGCAGUUCCAAGGCGCAGAUGCAAUUUGUCAAAAGAUUGUCAGCUUGCCCUUCCAGAAGGUGCAGCACCAGAUUGUAAAGUGCGACUGUCAGCCCUCGGCGAAUGAUGGUGUAGUGAUCUUCAUCACUGGGAAUCUCUUGGUAGACGACAAUGCGAAUCCACUGAAGUUUGCACAGGUCUUCCAGCUCAUGAAGGGCCCUACCGGGAACUACUAUUGCCACAAUGAUAUGUUCCGGCUGAACAUCGGCUGA